UAUGUCUGCCACCCAGUGAUCUGAGUGACCCUGAUAACCUCAAGGUUGCCGGUUGGGGCCGUACUUCUGAAGGCGGACGAACCAGUUCCACAUUGAAUGAGAUCUCUUUACCUCAAUAUUCAUUUGCCAAAUGCGAAGACAAAUACAGUGGUCUCCUCACAAUCAACCAAUUAUGCGCCGGUGGUGUUAGUGGUCACGACACCUGUCAGGGAGAUUCGGGAGGACCCCUCACCUCUGUUGUCAAUGGUAGGGUUGAUAUCGUGGGUAUUGUCUCGUGGGGUAUUGGCUGUGCUCGCGACGACUAUCCGGGAGUCUAUACAAGAAUUACAUCAUAUCUGAAAUGGAUUGAAGACAAUACCAAAGAUGCGACCUAUUGUUUGGCAGUGAACUCGACCACAAGCCCAGCACUGGACCCACCCAUACAACCCAACUAUAAUAGCUGUGGUGUCCCUAAUCUUAAACUAUCGAAACGAGUUGUCGGCGGAACUGAGACACAGCCACAAGAGUUUCCAUGGAUUGUGGUAAUCGCAUAUAACGGACAACUCAUAGGAACCGGAUCUUUAAUCGCUGGAAACGUUGUCCUCACUUCUGCCCUAAGACUCAAAGAAAUCGUUGACUCGACCUCUGGUGUGCCGGACAUCAAAGUAAUAGUGGGCGCACACGAUGUCACCAAAACCGAGACCAAUAAACGUGUCUAUACUGUAAAUCAAGUGAUAUUUCACCCCAAGUUUCAGUACAACACCCCUCAGGACAACGACUUUGCCUUAUUAGAGCUGAAACCGGCAGCCGAUGGCUCUCUACCUAAGAACCGACCCAUUUGUUUGCCCCGAACUGACACCCCGUACAGUGUGG